AGAGGUGCAGGCUAGCAACAGCUGGAUCUCAGCAUCACCUGGACUUGAUCCCUCUGUGACUGAGCAGCUUCUGCUGAUUGCUUGCUAUAGUCCUAAUUUUCACCUUUUUCGAUUCUACACCCAAACCUCUGCAUUGCUGGACUGAGCUAUUUUUAUCUUUCCCAGACUGUCUCACAGUCUCACAGAGAGGCAUCGCACAGGAGAAAUGUGGUCUCACUAACUGUAAAUGUGUGUCCACGUGUCCAGGACUGGACUGUCACCCUCAAAGUUUCCAGCGCCUGCUAAGACCCCCUGGAAACAACUUGCUGUGCUUCUGGGAUGUUGUGACCGCCAGACAGUUGCUGGCCAUCCCACAUCCAGGUCAAAAUGCCUGUGAUGAAGGGGCUCCUGGCCCCACAAAACACCUUUCUGGACACCAUCGCCACACGCUUCGAUGGCACCCACAGCAAUUUUCUGUUAGGUAAUGCCCAGGGCCAUCGCGGAUACCCCAUCGUUUACUGCUCAGAUGGCUUCUGUGAACUGACCGGCUUCACCAGAACCGAGGUGAUGCAGAAGAACUGCACUUGCCGCUUCCUUUAUGGGGCCGACACCAGCGAGCACGUGGCCCAGCAGAUGGAGAAGGCUAUGGAGGGUCGGGAGGAGUACCAGGCCGAGGUCCACUUUUACAAGAAGAAUGGUGGGGCCUUCUGGUGUCUGCUGGACAUUGUACCCAUAAAGAAUGAGAAGGGCGAAAUGGUUCUCUUCCUCUUCUCAUUCAAGGAUAUCACCGACAUCUAUGGAAAAGGACAUUACAGCAGCAAGAGGGAUGUUUUAGAGGACAAGAGGCGCAGGAGGAAGAGCAGCUCUCACCUCAGCGAGGCCAGGAAGCGUGGACGCACUGUGUUGUACCAGCUAACCAAUCAUUUCUCAAGACGAGGCAAAAGAGACGUCGACAUGGGUGGAAGCAUGGCUGACAAGCCUUCGAUACCAGAGUACAAGGUGGCAGCAGUGCAGAAGUCACGCUCCAUUCUGCUCCACUACAGCGUGUCAAAGGCCCUGUGGGACUGGCUCAUUCUGCUGGCUACUUUCUACGUAGCUGUCACAGUGCCCUACAAUGUCAGCUUCACGCCGCACGACGACUCCGUCACAGCUGCACGCUCCACUAUUGGCAGUGACAUCGCAGUGGAAAUGCUAUUUAUUAUAGACAUUAUCCUGAACUUUCGCACCACCUAUGUGAGCCAGUCAGGCCAGGUGGUGUAUGAGGCACGCUCCAUCUGCAUUCACUACGCCACCACUUGGUUCUUUGUGGACUUGGUGGCAGCUCUGCCCUUUGACCUGCUAUAUGCCUUCAAUAUCACAGUGACCUCCUUGGUUCACCUGCUUAAGACGGUACGCCUCCUGCGCCUCCUUCGCCUUCUCCAGAAGCUUGACCGCUACUCUCAGUACAGCGCCAUGGUGCUGACCUUACUGAUGUCCGUGUUUGCCCUGCUGGCACACUGGAUGGCCUGCGUCUGGUACAUGAUUGGACGUAAGGAGAUAGAUACCAAUGAGACCUGGGAAAUUGGAUGGCUCCAUGAGCUGGGCAAACGUCUGGAGACUCCUUACGUUAACAGCACAGUGGGCGGCCCGACGCUGCGCAGCUCCUACAUCGCUGCCCUCUACUUUACCCUCAGCAGCCUGACCAGUGUUGGCUUCGGAAAUGUCUGUGCCAACACUGAUGCUGAGAAGAUCUUCUCCAUCUGCACCAUGCUCAUCGGGGCCCUGAUGCACGCGGUGGUCUUUGGCAACGUGACAGCCAUCAUCCAGCGCAUGUACUCCCGCCGCUCUCUCUACCACACACGUAUGAAGGACCUGAAGGACUUCAUCCGUGUCCACCAUUUGCCCCAGCAGCUUAAGCAGCGCAUGCUGGAGUAUUUCCAGACCACAUGGUCUGUCAACAACGGUAUAGACGCCAACGAGCUCCUGCAUGACUUCCCAGAUGAGCUGCGGGCCGACAUUGCUAUGCAUCUGAAUAAGGACAUCCUGCAGCUGCCGGUCUUUAAGGGGGCCAGUCGCGGCUGCCUCCGCUCACUCUCGCUUCAUAUCAAAACCUCUUUCUGUGUACCUGGGGAGUACCUGAUCCGUCACGGUGACGCACUGCAUGCCAACUACUUCGUCUGCUCCGGCUCUCUGGAGGUGCUGAAGGAUGACAUGGUGCUGGCUAUAUUAGGAAAGGGGGACUUAAUUGGAUCUGACCUCCCCGGAACCGACCAGGUGAUUAAGACCAACGCCGACGUUAAAGCGCUCACCUACUGUGAUCUGCAGUACAUCAGUGUGCGCGGCCUGAGAGAGGUGCUGGAGCUGUACCCUGAGUACGCCAGCGUGUUCGCCUCGGACAUCCACAACAACCUCACCUAUAACCUGCGUGAAGGCAGCCAGGGCGAGGGUCUCAGCAGAUUCUGCAGGUCACCCAGACUUCCUCAUCAGGAGCCCAGGCUCCCCUCUAUUGUGGAGACCAAAGGUGACAUCCCUGACGACUCCUUCCACCUUUCUCCAGCCACUCGCUCGCGCCACAACCUGAUGCUUCCCAACUUCUCCAGCCCCGUUCGCCGCACCUCCCUGGGGAACCUGCUAGGCGACGAACUGCGCCAGUUCAACGCCCUGAGACGUUGCCGUUCACCAAACCUCAGCCGCGGCUUUCUCGGGCAGGGCCUCUCCCCGCAGCCACCGUCAAAAAGGGAGCACAGCGCUCCUGCGUUGUCCUCUAGCCCAACCUCCAGUUCAGCCCGAAGAGAGUCGGGAGCUGGACAAAAACCUUCAAAACUGCUCAUCCCAACUGUCACCUGUUUUGCACCGCCAGAUCUUAGUCCAAGGUUCGUGGAUGGCAUCGAAGACAACGGGCACACGUUCCAGUUCACCGUAGAGCACAGCGGGCCUAGGACCAGCACGGGCAGCGGCACCCACGACUCCACACAAGCUAAUGCUGCUCUGCUGCUGGAGACAGGGGAAGUCAAGCAAAGCAUCAGUCAACUCAACCUUAAGAUGGGCACAUUAAACCAAGAGGUGUCUGAGCUGACCAAGAGCCUCCACCACAUGAUGCAUCUCCUCCAAGCUCAUUUAUCUACACAUCAGCACACGACCUCAUUGCCCUCCUAUCCUUACUCCAUCCCAGUGGUGUCUGGCCCUCCACCGUCCUCUGACACUGGCAUGCCACUCAACCCUGCUUCAGCUUAUUGCCUCCAUGAUGAUCCUGACAACCUCACACUCCACAGCCACCUGGCCUCUGGACACUGGAGCUGUGGUGGAAUGGCUCAGUCCCAAAAAGAGAGUCACCAGCCCUCUAGUCCACCCACUAACUCCACUUUACCACAUUCUGUAAACUCUGCAACUAAGUUAGGACCAUGUCAUAGCUCUGAGAACAAGACCUCCCAUCUGUGGACCAGCCCGUCUCUUCUCAGCAUCAGUCCAGACCACCAGGGAGGCAGUCCUGGCCUCACACCUCAUGCAGGGCAUGAGGACUCCAGAUGUCUCAAUACAAAUCCAGCCUCCAUCAGCCGCUCCCAGCCCAUUUUGUGCCUCCAGCCUCCCGGUGAUAAUGAUGAACUCUCUUGCCUUUUGUCUAGUCCCCCUACAUGUAUGUCCUCACAAAGCCUGCUGGAUCCAUCACCCAUUUCUCAUUCCCACCUCAACCCUUCACAAGCCUCAAACGAGACUCUCGGUGCCCUGAUGCCCUCUGCACAAUCACAUCAUCUGGUCCAGGAUGCCACUGUCUUUCAAAUCAAAGACUCACACCCCUCCGUCCACCCUCUUUCUUCCACUUCAUCAACAUUACCCUCCAAGCCCUCCGUCUCUUCUCUGGAUUCUGGUCCAGCUCAGCUGGAUGCUCUGGAGUCCUGCCUCCCACUGGGCGACCCAUCUGCCUUGGAGCACACCAGUUUGGAGUGUCUACUGGGAAAUGAGGACUCCACGGAAAGCAGGGACAGUGAAAGUGCGUCAUCUCGAAGGUCCAGCAUCGGCGUCCAGACUCAGAGCACUGAGCAGUCAUGGUGCCUGGACCUCACAGACUGACGUAUCCGUGUUUCAGGGUCACAACCGGAACUGAAAUUAAGCAGCAUGCAGAGGGAGACUAUUUAUUUACAUGCAACUUCUUACAGUGUUUAAAGAGACUACUGGAGAUGGUCAGUUUGUGUUCUACAGUGUAUUUCCCUCUCUCAAUUCUUGGGCUCUCACAGUUGUCACUUUCUAUGCAAAAGCAUGUAUUCGUGCAUUAUCUUGGCUUUACUGACGUGCGUCUUCUACAAAAGCUCCACAACAGUGGCUGCAGUAUAUAAUGUACAUUUUUUCCAACAUUCUCAGAGAAUUUUGCUGUUAAUAAUAUUUGUUACCUCCUUGCAUGGUAAAGUUGUUUAUUCUUUUUCCUAAGGAAAAGGUUUGCAAAAUUAAUGUGUAAGCAUUCUGAAUGACAACCUGCUGAUUGUGUACACAGAUACUGUAUUUAUAUGGUAAAUAAGUCAGAGUUGUUGGAUAUUUUAGUAUAAAAAGGAACAAAAAAUUACACACUUCACUUUGCAUGAACAAGAUGGAGUAUGUCCACUUCAUUAAAUAGAUCGCCUAUUUUCUUUUCUUUUUUAUUUACUAAAACUUUUCCUCAGUUCUGUAUUUUUAAUUGUGAAUUCAUAAAGUUUUUGGGAUAUGUUCAAAACAAAUAAGUGAUAAAAAGUAACUAAAUGAUUAUUUCUGCUAUGAGUCUGUAAAACAUACCCUGUUUAUGCUUUCCAAAUGCUUCUUUCAGUCGUUUUGAUAGAUUUCCCCUUUUUUUUCUUCACAGAGGAUACAAUAUACUUGAAUAACGUUUAUUGCCUGCUUCUGAACAAAUAAAAAAAAAACAAAUUACAAAGCAACAACAGUAAAUGCUGCUAAAUUAAACUUAGAUAGAUACGUGUGUUUAGCUAAAAAGUCGGGCCCAUGAAAUAUUUGAAUUGUAUUAAUUUACAAAAAAGAAAAGAGGGAAACAACUGAAUGAUGAACAUUAUUCAGAGUAUUCAGGAAUUUUAUUAUUUUUGAAUGAGUUCUUUUUGGCUGACAUAAUAAA